GAUCGACCGAGGAGAUAAAUACGAUCAGCGUGCCCGGGCAACGCUUCAGUUGCCGUGCGCUGGCGCAGCCGCUGCGACCGUGAUGUAAACAAUGCGCGCAGUUCUUGCAAUUCUAGUGCUGUGUAGUGAAAACCUUGCGAUACGCGUCCCAGUAAAUUGGGACGGUAACAGUGAUGUGCAAAAUGAAAAUCAACAAACUCAUGAGUUCGAACUGUCGCCGUCACAUUAUGUCGGGAGGAGUAUACACAAAAAAGAAAUCCCGGCAGAGUAUUUCGAGUACACUGCCAAAAAACCUCAAUUUGCUGUCGACAUAGCUCAGUUUCAUGGAGUGCAAAAUCCUCAAAAUUAUUACAAAGCUUACCCAGUGAGACCCUACACGGGAGUCAAAAGACCUCAAUUGGGUCAACAUCAGAUUUCGAACAAAAAUAGACCUGUUUUCGACCAGUUUCAAAAAUUCACACAAUUGAAUGAACCUGAACAAAAUUUUGCUAUUCCAGUUAACUCAAACUAUGAAAUUUUCCAUCCAUACAAAGCAGAGGAACCUAACUUACAAGAAAUAUACAAAGAUCCCGUGUUAUCAAAAAUAAGAAAUGAUAUAAGAGAUAGUCAGACUAGACUACAAAAUUAUGAAGACGAAGCAGGAAAACCUAACAUAGAAGAUGGUGAAUAUUUAGAGAGUCCAGAAAAAACCGAUCGCAAGAAAUUUUCUCACAGAAACGUUCCCACUAAAUUCGAGGUCCAUAAACCACAACGUCGACCAAUAUAUUACAAAGCUCCACCAAAAUAUAGCCGAGAACAUGUUCAAAAUCACAAAUUCAGACAUCCAUGGAAUCAACACAAUGCUAAAAUUAGACCUGCACACUAUCGCCCUUUGAAAAAGCAUUUGCAUAAGUUAAGACAACAUCAUGCAGUGACAUUUGAUGAUGAAAAUAACCAAUAUCCUCAGCUACCUCCAGUCGAAACUUAUUCAGAGCCUAGUGAUGGGUAUGAUAUUUUUGAAAGGGGUAAAGAAAAGUACGUUAAUUUGCGAAACAAUGUAGAUGAAUCUAUUAAUAAUGUAAUCAAAGAAAACAGACCUACCACUUCUCAAAAGUUAGAACUACAAAACAAUGAUGACAGAAUAGAAACACAACACAGUGAUCACGAAGAAGACGAAUUCGUGCCCAUAAAAAACUAUGCACAAGUGAGAAAAACUGAGUCUAUUAAACAUUUGCCUCGAGAGGCAGCUCUUGCAGAUGCAGAAAGUUUAGAUGAAAUAAUAAAUGCACCUCGCUUAAGGGAAGCUAUUAAAAGUACUAAAGCGCAAACAGUGUAUACCGAAGAAGGUUAUGAAGAUGCAGCUUAUGAUCAUGCUGGUGAACAGAAACAUGCUUCUGAGAACGAAAAUCAUGCAGGAUUUCUCAAAGAAAAAGAAAUAAGCGGAGGUAAGUACAAAGCUCCUUCAAUAGCAGCAGCCUAUCAAGACGCUGGUGGACAUGAACACAGAGAUCUUCUUUUACACGGCAAAAAAUGGGAAAAUGAUGAUAAGGAGGAAGAAAAGGAUAAUGAUUCUGAUGACUAUUCAGAAGACGAAAUGGCUGACGAUAUUGAAGAGGAAGUAUAUAAACAAGUAAAUGGUGACAGAAAUAAGAGAGAUUCGUCUGAAAACACGGAAUCAACAAGUGUGCAACAUGAUGUAAUUAAACGCGAAACUACUGAAAAACGAGAUCAAAAAUUACUUCCGAAACCUUUUGAAAAAUUUAAAGUUCCUGAAAUAAAUUUUAAUACAACAUUCUUAACUGGAGAAGACUUAGAGGAAAUCACAAAGCUAAAGUUCGAAGAUAACAAGGAUGACAUAAGAGAGAAAUAUCCGUACUAUUUCAAAAACUUAAAGACAGUGCAUAAAAACUCACCGCUCCGCUACGCCGAAAAUUUAAAGUUGAUACCGAAGAAAUCCGAUGGUGGCACAGAAUUUUACGACUCAAGAUCAAAAUAUGAAUGCCCUGAAGUGGAUGACAAAGUUGACGCACUUCCUGAAAAAUUGAAAAAACAAGGUCAUCCUGACGAAAGUGACGAAAGCAACGAAGACAAGCCGGCAAAGAAAGGUGAGGCUGAUUUUGAUAAUGUGAAAGAUAAUUCUAGACUCAAGGGCUUGGGAGACAAAAUAGACUGUUUCAAAGCAAAGUACUUUGGUGAAAAUCCAUUGGAUAGUCCGUUUUUUAAAGAAGAAAUAAUAUCUAAUCCUGAACCAAUAACUGCACCAACAUUAGAUACGUACAAACUUAAACCAAAAGAACUUUCAACACAAGAAUCACAGUUCAGCAGCAUAUUUAAGGCUUCAGACCAAUUAAAGGAUAAUACUCACUCAGACGUGAUUGCUCUUAUAGAACAGCUUAGAAACGGACAAAAAAUGUUGCAAGAUUCCUUAGUAAAUACCAACCAAGCGUUAAGUAGCUCCUUGAUACCGCAAAAUUUCUCCAUUAUUGCCAACUCUCAAAAUCCAGUAUUACAGCAAGCCGGCGUUUAUUCUGACAUUUUGGGAAAUAUUGAAAAUAGUUUACAAAAGUCUUUACCUAUAAGCACCAAUGCUAACAACAAAAAUAUGAUUGCUAGUAAGUUAUUGGAUGAUAAUUCGUCAAGUCAGAAAAACAUAUCUUACGAUUCUUUUGAAAACAAAGACCACGUAACAAAAGCCACGCCAGUAGUGAGAAAAAAAAGAGCAACUGCUUUUGUAUACGAGCCAUACAAAAUCAUAAGAGACAUUCCAGAGCCAAAUAAAAAAACAACCACUACAAGUAAUGUAAGUCCACUUAUAAAACAAUUACAAUCCAGUAGACUUGUCGAUCGAGUAACAAAUACAGAUGAUAACGAUCAGCCUGUAAAACGAAAUGUUGCUACUCGUGUCUACAAAGACAUUGGCAAGCAAGAUAGAGAAAACUACAGUAAACGAACAAAAUUAGCUGAACCGACCAUUAUUGAUGUUAGUAUAAAUGAACGCCGAGGUGAACCAAGAUAUGAAAUAAUAAAACCAGCAAAUCACAAAUCAAAGUAUACCCCUGUUGAUAAUAAAACAGCUAUAUCAGUUGAAGAUUACGAAGCAAAAACUAAUAAAACUAUAUACUUUAAUAAACAAAAACUAAAAACAAAUGAUGAAAGUACUGUAACACCUCAAAAACAAUCAGAAAAACGGCUAAAAACAAGCAGACCAACAGUUACAACGUACUUUGAUGAUACGUCCUUUAUUUCUAAAGAACGUGAUGUACAAACUCCUUCGGCAUCAAACACUGUUAGAAAGAUCAUAAGCACUUCAACGAGUGCUCCUAAAAUUGAGAAAAACAGGCAUGUUGACCGUAAAAGAGUACAAAAACCUAUUGAGGUUCAAGAAGACUAUGGUGAAUAUGAUGAUGAAGAAGAAGAAAUUAGUGCAACCACAUCACCAAAACCUUACUUUAUAAGACGAAGAUCUAGUUCUACAACUACUACUGCUCAACCUGUAGAAGAAGUCCAAGAACUACCAAAACUAAGGUUAAUAACACGUUUUCGCUCAACUACAGAAAAACCAAAGAAUCAAAAGGCGACAGAAAUUUUACUAGCAACUAAAAAGCAUGAGGGUGAUGAUAUAUCUCCAAAAUAUAGGGAAAAGAAAAGAAAGAGUACAAAGAGUACAUUAGUGACUGAUACAAAAUCAUACGGUGACGGUGAUGAUGACAUGAUGAAAGAUGAAGUCGAUGCUAUGAUAGGUGUGCAACAUGAUAUGAAUGAAUAUACACCUACGUAUGAAAAAGAAAAUAGACGGAAACCAUCAAGAGAACAUGAUGAAGAAGAAGAAGAAAACGAUGAAGACGAUGAAGAUGAUAAUGAUGACGAUGAUGAAUUUGAUGAUGAACGAGAUAUUGACGACGAUGAUGAAGAAGGUGAAGAUGAUGAUGACGAAGAUGAACCUGAACCUAUUGUUACAACUCCCGAACCCAGUAGACGUACUCUUAUUAGAACAACUGAAGCACCGCCUGCUACAACAGAAGCACGUAGUGCUAAACUAGAAUUAAAGCCAAAAGUAACUAAAAAAACCAUUGAAAUACACAGAGAACUACCUAUAAAUAAUUCAUCACCUCAUGUAACACAGUUCAAACAAGACAUUAAAGAAGUAGAAAUAAUCAAGGAAACACCAUCGAAGCCACUUAUAAAAGCACCUCAGAAAAAACCCCUGAAGAAUGUUGAGGCACUGGAUCUGUACAAGGAUGAAAAUUUAGCAAAAGAAGUAAAUAAGCUGGGUGCUGUAGAAAUUUUCAAGGCAAAUUUGGAUCUUAGAGGUGGGCCAAAGCAUGGUGGAAAUUAUAGAAGAGCUUCACUAGCUGAAUUAAACCAAGGAGUUAUUCCGACAUCAAAACCACUUUUGCACGACUUUGAUGUUCCCAAAGACGCGGAAACGUCUCAAAGUGUAACAAACAAAAAAGUUGAGUUAAGAACGGCUCGCAGAGGCAAUAAUCGUUCGAGAAAAGAAGAAAUAAAUGCGAAACUAGAAUUACAAGAACCAACAGAACGAUCGUCUACACGAUUCAUGCAUGGAGGAAACCUAAAACCUCUUACAGAGCGAGGUGGACGCGGUGGGGGCGGCAAAAGCGCAAAAUUAAUAGAAUUGGAUGAAAAUAAUGAUGACGAUGAUGAUUCUCCAAGUUCCAUGCACGGUGGAAAUUUCAAGUCCUAUAGUAGUUCCCAAAGUAGCAGUGGUCGGCCCAGGCAUGGAGGAAACUACAGAAGUGCGAAAAUUGUCCAAGCUGCUAACAAUGAUGAUGGUUCUUUCAAACGAGACGAAACCACAUCAACAACGAAUGCUAGAAAUAAAGCAGCAGUAUUAUUGAACAGCUUUGCGCAAGCUGUACCAAUUUUGACCACAACACCUGCCUAUAUCUUAGAUCCUAGUAAAAGAAUGUACUAUUACGUCGAACCCUGACCUGUCGUAAUAAAUUAGUUACGUUGGCUAUAUUUAAUUAAUAGUAGUUAAUUUGCAAAUUGAUUGUUGAUUAUAAUUGGAAGUAAGUGUGAGGCUGUAACAUCGAGUAUAUAAACAGAAAUAGAGACGAAAUGUCAUUUAAUUUGUUUGAAAACUAUUCUGCCAUAUCAUUACUGUGACAACUGCGCUCCGAUUGGCUA